AUGGUGGCAGCAUUGGUAGUGGUGGUGGUGGUGGUGUUAUUAGUGGUGGUGGGGGCGAGGUGGUGGUGGGUGAUGGCAUUAGUAGUGGUAGUGGGUAAUGGUAGUGUUGGUAGUGGCGGCAAUGGUGGCGAUGGUGGUGGGUGGGUGGUGGUGGUGGUCGGAGGCGGCGGCGACGGUGGUAACGAAAAUGAUGGUAAUGGUGGUGGCAUCGCAGGCAAUGGUUGUGGGUGGCGGCGGCGGUUAUGGUGGGUAGUGGUGGCGGCGACGGUGGUAGUGAGUGGUGGUCAUGGCGGUGGUAGUGGUGGUCGGUGGCAGUGGCGGCGGUGGUGGCAAUGA